AGCUGAAAGGACCUCCAAAAACCACCAUGGACUCCCUGCCCAUGAUAAGGUGCGAUCUGAUGUUAUUUUCUAUUUUGGCACGCAUCUUUUAAGAAAACUCGUUUCCAGGCAUGCUAGUAGUAGUAGUAGUGACCUCGCUUGUCUUGGGAAUGCAAGACAUGCAUGUGAUGAAUUAGGGACAAGUUUUGGCUUGUUAAUCCAGACUUUAACACCGACAAUGUUUGUUUAAUAAAAGAGAUAAAACAGUAAUUGACUACAAAUACCCAGCUUCUACUAAUUUUGACCAAGGAGGGUUCUAACUUCAAACUGAUCCAUGUAAUAAACAAGUAGUGCUCUUUCAAAAAAAAAGAUCUGGACUAGUGACAUUUGCAGUGUUGCCAAAGAAAAGCAAUUAUUCCUUUCAAAUCACGCAACCUACGCGGUUUCAAUGUGUUUUCUGUCAAAACCAUGAUUGAAGAGUGUUUUCAUUCAAAUAUUCAAGCGCUUGAACAAGCAUUUACGAGCGUUCCAACCAAUAAGUAGUUGACGUAUUCAAAAUGAAUGGGAUGGGACGUAGGAUUGGGAUGUUACAAAAUGCAUCAACGAACGUCCAUUUCAAGGCAAGAAGAACCAUUUUUGCCCCCUUUAAUCAAUUCAGUGACGAUGCUAACCUAACCACCACAUGGACACAAAGAAGAGUGCCAAGGAGGCAAGGAGAAGCCUCGAACAAGCUGUAAUUAAUGAAUUCAAUAGGAGCACAAGAAACCAUGAUUUUCCAUUUUCCAUGCCAACCAAAUCUUCCCGAGCCACACAUCUGGCUUUCAGGAUGAUUCAAAGCUCUUGAUGACUGUCCCGGAGGCGAUGGCCGAUGUGAUCAACGGCAAUCUGGAUCAUCACAAUACCAAACCAUUGGGAUACACGACAACACCCAACGGAAAAAUGGCCGUCAGUAAAAGCGACCGAAUUCAUUCCAGUUCAACUUCGCCUGGGUCUGCCUCAGGCCGAUCGUCCACCUCCAGUUUGCACACAGUGGGAACGAAUCAGAUGAAUGGCUCGAAUUCCUCACAACAGAGGAAGAAAGUGUCCAUUAACGAGCAUCCAGUCACCUUCGCAAGUUCCAAUCGGUCGCCCAGAGAACUCUCCGCCAAAUUGGCAGCCUCCACCAACAAUUUGACGAAUGCAAGUGUGCCUGCCAACAGUUUGGCCAAUUCCAACCAUCGUACAAGUCUUCUUCACAUUUCCGCUGAGAAACGGGCCCGAAAGGUCCGAUUCUUCAUCAACAAUGACAAGUUCUUCAAGGGCGCCACGAUCGCCGUCAGUUGCGAAAAGUUCCGGACGUUCGAUAAACUCCUGGAACACCUCACACGGAUCAUGUGCAACCAGGUGACAUUACCCAAUGGAGUCAGGUUCAUCUUUGCCUUGGAUGGCAAGGCUGUUCAGCAAGUGGAAGGCCUGCUGCAUGAAGAGAAUUACGUUUGCUCCAGUCUGGCCCAGUUCAAGAAGAUCGAUUACCUCAAGAUCGCUCAACAGGACGAUCACCAAUGGAAUAGGAUCAAACGGGAGGACUAUUACUUGGGCAAUGGCAAAUCAACCCAUAAUGCCCUGAAAAGAGAUGCCUACAAGCAGUCAGGCCAUUCCAAAAGUUUCGGUCUGACCAAGUCUGCGCAUCACGAAAGCUCCUCCACGGUCAGUGAGGUCAGGUUCCAGAUGAAGCCCAAGAUAAUUGCGGUCCUAAGAGGGGGAAUGAAACCUCGGCGAGCCUUUCGGGUCUUGCUCAAUCACAGAAACACCAAGUCGUUCGAGACUAUUUUGGGUGACCUGACAGCUCUCGUCAAACUUGACUCGGGAGCCGUCCGGAAGGUUUUUGCAUUGGAUGGAAAACCUGUCAUUGGUGUGGCUGACUUUGUUGAGCCUGAGGUGUUCAUCGUGUAUGGAUCGGACAAGUGUCAAAACGAGGAUUUCGAAUUGGACAUUGUCGAAUUUAGGAAUAUUCAAUCUAUCAUCAAGAGCCCCAAUUUGGAUGCCCAGUACGAGAAGUUCGCCUCGGCUUCGAGUCAGAAUGCUAGCCCGAAGACUUCUCGCAAGAAGUUCCUCUCCUCGAGACAUCCGGUGAAUCGGAGUGCGGGCAAGAGUCGGAAGUCCUCGAAAUCCCGGGAUUCGCCCCGAUCCAAUGGCGACAGUAGUCAGUACACCCUCGGGCACGCCUCCAGUGCGCAGCAGUAUCCCAAUGAGGUGGCCUCCAAGUACCUCGUGGGCGAUAUCAUCGGUGAUGGGAACUUUGCUGUGGUACGGAAGUGCAUGAGCAAGAAGACCAAGGUCGAGUAUGCCUUGAAGAUCAUCGAGAAGUCCAAAUGCCAGGGCAAAGAGCACAUGAUCGAGUCAGAAAUCGAGAUCCUCAACGCUGUCUCGCACUCGUAUAUCAUUCAAUUGAUUGAGGUCUUUGACACUCCGGAAGAGAAGUAUCUCGUGACCGAAUAUGUCAAAGGUGGCGAUCUAUUUGAUGCCAUUGCCAUGGAUACGAAAUAUUCUGAAGAGGUUUCCAGAGGGAUGGUUCGGGACUUGACCUCAGCUUUAAAGUACUUGCAUGACAAGAUGAUCGUUCAUCGCGAUAUCAAACCCGAGAAUCUCCUGGUGGUGGACUUGCCACAACAAGGCAUGAAAUCCCUCAAGCUCGGUGACUUUGGACUUGCUCAAGUGGUGACCGAGCCGCUUUUCACCGUCUGUGGCACGCCCACUUAUGUGGCUCCCGAGAUCCUGGCCGAAACUGGCUAUGGAGUCAAAGUAGAUGUCUGGGCCACGGGCGUGAUUAUGUACAUCCUUCUGGUUGGAUUUCCCCCAUUUUCAUCCAGGACCAACAACCAAGAGGAGCUUUUCGACCAGAUCCUCUCCGGAUUGUUCGAGUUCAACUCUCCGGAUUGGGAUGACAUCAGUUAUCGCGCCAAGGAACUUAUCUCGUGGAUGCUUCAAGUGGAUCCACUUCAACGUUAUUCCGCUUUUGAGAUUUUGGAGCAUCCCUGGACCAAGGGGGCUCAGAAAGAGGAAUGAUGAUAAUGAUGAUGAUGCCGUUGUUGCGGAACGAUACUGAUGAUGGUGUUGGAAGAUGCUGAGUGAUGACGCUUUCUUUCUCUUUCAUUACCGCGAUGCUGAUGCCUCCAAAUUCAUCAUGGUGCCUUUAGAUGCUAAUGAUACAGAUUAGCCUUGAUCAUGUUCGUUUUGGUCUCUCCUCUUCAUUAUCAUUAUUAUUAUUAUUAUUAUCUCUUUCUCUUCUCCUCGAUUGUAUUAUUUACUCAGGACAAUGAUUUCGCCUCUGUUACAUUCUUGUACCUCUUUUCUUCUGUGAAUUCAUAGAGAGAGAAAAGGAGAGUGAUUAUGUUGGGUCAAGUGAACCCACACACGCCCACACAAAUUUAAGCAACACACUUUAUAUACCAAUUAUUAUUCCCGCUCCACUUACAUCGCUACGAAGACUUCAAUAGAGGAAUCGUCACUUUUUUCGUUUUAGCAAAAGUGAUCGUUAAAUUUUCGAAAUACACUAUGAUUUAUGCUAGAGAA